UAGACGACUGAAUAUUGGUACGGCCGGGAUCCUCUCCUGUCCUCUCCGGGAGAGGAUCCCUGUUCUGUAUUGCUUUUCUCUUCUGUUUUGAUUAGUCCUUAGCUUUCUACUCCAUUACCGAUUCGACGGCGGUACACCGAUCGAGGCCAGGAUCCGUGUCAACCGGAUCGGAAGAAGCCCAAAGAAAUCAAAAAAGGUAAUGGUUAGUCACGGAUACAACGGCUAUUCUUUUCUUCGAGGAACAAUCUUGUGAAUAUGUUUUGUUUUCUGUCCUAGAUAUGCCCCUUUGUUCUUCCUUAUUUUUCCACGAAAAAGUAAUCAUUUUCUUCGUUUAUUUUGCAAAUCUAAAAAAUUUCAGAUUGUUUUAGUUUUCACGUUCAUUUUUGGAGCCGGAUCCUCUCCCGUAACUGCCUGGACAGUUGCUGAGACAAACCCCAUAAUGGUAUUCUUACCAGUAAGAAUACAAUAUUGUAAUGUGAGAAGAAAGUGGAGUAUCGAGACAGUAACUAGAGAGGAUCCCAGCCCUUCAUUUUUACCCCACCCCCCUGACUAUCAAGGACUUGGCCGGCCGGCCAUAUUGAUAGAAUCAAUCAAAAUUCCAUCGAUUGUAGAUUGUAGCAUUUUGUAGCAGCCAGUGAUUGCCUGAAGGACUGGGCCUUAUCAUUGCGGUAAAAGUAGAUCAAAAGAUGUGUCUGGUCUUUAUUAUGUUACUGCUUAGCUAUUGGUUUGGCCAUCUUAUUCGGUCCCUUCUUAUGUCUUGAAAACAUGGAGGUUGGUCAAUAUAAUCAGCUGGUUCUGUUUUUUGGAUGUGUUAGACUUCUACGGACGGAUUAAAUUUCUUUACAUUCUUGAGGAUCUGUUCACUUUCAACUUCUUACCCAUUUGGUACUUUUGUUCUCAGAUUUUUGAGGGAUCUAUCCAGAGAUUAGAAGAGCCUUUGAUGCAAGGACUCUAGGGAAUAUUGUGGAGCGAGCAUGAAAGGAUUGACUUUUGAAUGAUUGGCAAAUCUUGCUUAGUUUUAUCACUCAAUCCUUUUAAAUAGUUCAAUUGAAUGUUACAGUUUGGGUAGUUCUAAUGAAUAAGGCCACCAUGCUAAUUCUAAUCAGCUUCUUUCUUUCUAUUCUUGACUUCCGUCGAGUAUACUUCAAACUUAGGUGUGAAAGUGGUUGUGUUUAGGUCGAGUGAUGUUAGGUAAGAAAGUGGUUGUGUUUAGGAUGGGUUAUGUUAGUCCACGAUCUCUUACUUAUUCCUUCUACUUUUCUUGUCCUCUUCCUUUUCUAGUGUUUGAGGUUCAGAAUGACCAGCUCAAUUGUUACUCCAAUUUAAUCAGAAGUGUCGUGUGAUUAGUUUGAAAUGCUAUUUUUGGUUAAUCUUAUGCAUUGCUUAUUAGGGAGACCAAAUGUAUACACUUUACACCAAUGAUCAUGAGGGAUGCAGAACAAGUAGGAACAAAGGAACAUUGUCCGAGACAAUUAUGGAGUAUGGGCCAUCAUUCACAACACAAACUGCUGUAGUAUAGCUUUGGAAUGGGCCGAUUUCGUGUAAUGUAGUUAUGCCAAUUUACUAGGCUUAUCAAGUGAAAAAGAUAAUGUCCAACUUUCGACGUUUCUGAAAGUUUGGUGUGGAGGUUUCUUAAUGUUUGGUGUACGAAUCAAACUACAUUAUGCCUACUAAUUCGUGGCCUUUUUCCCUUUCCAGGAGUUCCUUCUAUGUUCCAACAAUUUGAAGAACUUGGGAGCUUUCAUGAACAUCUGAGGGAGCAGGAUCAUCUUUUUGGGCAAAUAAGAUCCUAUAUUCUCUUACCUUUAUCGAAGCUGAAAGUUUACAUAGCCAAUUGUUGUCACCAAAGUAUUAGUGUUACUUUAAACAAUACUUAAACACAGUCCAUUGUUGGCCGCCUAGUCUGCAUGAGAAAGGCAACUUCAUCAAGGUCUGUACAUCUGCUCUUCAACUUAACCAAAAUCCGUUCUAUAUCUCCACCAAUGCUUCUCACAGUCCCCCUUCAACGUUGCCAUUCUCAACAUACAAUUGCUGCUCAGCACUUCCAUGGAGAAUUCCAUCACCAAUGUAUUCUUCUUCAACUACUCCAAGAAUUCCCAAGAAUCAGAUCACUCGACGCCACCAAGUCUCUCCACGCACUCGCCAUUACGACCGGCUGGAAUUGCCCACAACCCAUCUUCCUUAACAACAAUAUCAUCUCGGCCUACGCGUUGUUUGGUGAGCUAUUUCUUGCUCGCAAGGUGUUUGAUGAAAUGCCUCGACGAAACACUGUCUCAUACAAUACCAUGAUUGGUUGUUAUAGCCGUUGUGGGGAUGCGGAGGAAGCUUGGAAAUUGUUUUUUGAGAUGAGGUUGUGUGGGUAUGAGCCCACCCAAUUCACGUUCGGGGGUCUUUUGUCGUGCCAGUCUUUGGAUCUCUAUAGAGGGUUUUACUUGCAGGCAUUGGUUCUGAAGAGUGGGUUGCUUUACCCUAAUGCUUUUGCAGGGACUGCAUUGUUAGGUCUGUUCGGGAAGCACGGGUGCUUAGACGAAUGUCUUAAAGCUUUUGAAGACAUGCCUCGGAAGGAUUUGGUUACGUGGAACACGAUGAUAUCUUUGUUUGGCCAUCACGGGUUUGCUGAAGAGUCAAUAGUUAUGUUCCGCAAGAUCAUGAAGAUGGAAUGGGCGUUGACAGAAUAUUCUUAUGUUGGUGUGUUAUCGGGAUUUUUGUGGGAACGGGACCUAGAAUUAGGAGAGCAAGUACAUGGUUUAUUGGUGAAAAAUGGGUUGGUUUGCAAUGUUUUGGUUCUAAAUGCUCUGCUCAAUAUGUAUGUAAAGUGCUCUGGGCCAUGCAUAGCUGAGAAAGUAUUUGGGGAGGCUUCUAUCCGGGAUGUUGUGUCUUGGAAUACAAUAAUUGGUGCACUGACAAAAAGUGAGAGUCCAGGCAAAGCGCUAGAGCUCUACUUGAAAAUGUGUCUUGAUGGAGUCUGGCCUAACAGGACGACAUUUGUUAGUGUUAUUAGCUCCUGUACCAGAUCAGAGAAUCUGAUGUAUGGAAAAUUGAUCCAUGGUAUGGCAAUUAAACACAUGUUAGAUCGUGAUAUAUUUGUAGGUAGUGCAUUGGUUGAUUUAUAUGCUAAGACUGAUUGGUUGGGGGAUGCACAGCGUUGUUUCGAUGAUAUAGAUGAGAAGAAUGUGGUUUCUUGGAACGCUUUGAUUUGGGGGUACUCGCAGAAAUGCUGUUUCUCACCUGUUCAACUACUAUGUGAAAUGAUUCAAUUCGGUUGUCAGCCAAAUGAGUUAUCAUUUUCUACUCUACUCAAGUCAUCCAACACUGUAGAGUUGCAGCAGAUUCAUUCUUUGAUAAUAAAAAUGGGUUACCACGGGAAUGAGUAUGUAUCAUGCUCUCUCAUUACCUCAUAUGCCAAAAGUGGUCUGAUAUCCGAUGCCUUGAUUUUACUUCCUGCUGAUGACACACAACUUCCUGUUGUCCCAUCUAAUGUGAUUGCUGGAAUUUACAAUAGGACGGGGCAAUAUCAUAAGACACAAGAAUUGUAUUCUCUACUUGAGGAACCGGACAUUGUAUCUUGGAACAUCUUGAUUGCAGCUUGCUCCCGCAAUGGCGAUUACAAGGAGGCUUUUGAACUUCUUGGACACAUGCGGGUGGCUCAGAUUCAUCCUGACAAGUAUACUUAUGUUAGCCUCUUGAGUGUUUGCACUAACCUUUGCAAUCUAGCUUUGGGUAGUUCGCUCCAUGGCCUCAUCAUAAAAACGGAUUCCAAACGUUGCGACACAUUUGUUUCCAACAUAAUUAUAGACAUGUAUGGAAAAUGUGGGAGCCUCGAGAGUUGUCUGAAAAUAUUCGACGAAAUGGCAGAUAGAAAUCUUAUCUCAUGGACUGUUGUAAUUGCAACACUAGGGCUUCAUGGUCAAUCAUACAAGGCAUUACAAAUGUUCAGAGAAAUGGAAGCAGUUGGUUUUACGCCAGAUAGAAUUGCUUUUCUUGGUGUGCUUUCAGCAUGCAGACAUGGUGGGUUGGUGAAAGAAGGAAAGCAUCUUUUUGGGGAGAUGAAUAUGACUUACAGGAUUGAACCAGACUUCGAUCACUAUCAACUUAUGGUGGACUUAUUGACUAGAUAUGGAGAUCUGAAGGAAGCAGAGCGAUUAAUUCUUGGCAUGCCUUUCCCUCCAAAUGCCUUGAUAUGGCGUAGAUUUCUUGAAGCCUGUAACAGACAGCGUGAUGCAGAGAAUCUAGAAGUGGAUAAUGUAAACUUGGAAUCGAGCGGAGAAUUACUUUCAAUUAAGACAUGGCAUCUCCGGGAUGUCUUUUCUUUGAGCUGAAUCAACCUCUCAGUCGGCUGUGCGGUAGUCAGCUGCCUUCAUGGUGUGCUAGUCCAGCAUCUCCAAGUAAGUGAAUUUAUCUGUACAAAAUUAAGUGUGCAAGGAGAAUUGUUUAAACUUUCCUCAUUUUGAACCAAAGCUGGAAAGCAAUGAAUACAGAUUCAUAUAUGUCCACUUGCGCCAAUGUCUGACGCUGGCACUUAUUCAUUCCGUUUUUGGAGCACAAGCUGAUGAGCUACUACGUGCAAUCUAUUGUGGAUUAAUAUAAUCUCCAACUUGUUCCAACCUGUGGCUUUCAAUUACCAUGAACUGUUGAGUGAUGUUUGCCCAAGUUUGAGAAACAGAUAAACUUGGGACGGGAAAGGGAAGAGAAAUGAAAACAAAAACGAUAAGCGUUUCCCGUUUAUACAUACUGAAUAAUUGCAGGAAAUGGAGGGCUCUGUCAUAAUUGUUUCCUUUAAGGAUUUAUGUAUCUUGAAAGAUGAUACUUUCUCCUCUUCUUCUUCUUCUUUUUGCAUGAACUUCCUUUAAACUGAAUAGAUGGUGGAAAAUUAAAUAUUGCUAA